ACACUGCCUGCGAGCAGCCGCUGUCACUGUGUGAGUCAGAUAGUUGUUAUUGAAGCGGUAAAUGACUGUAGGCUGCAGGAAAGUCUCCGUCUCAUGUCCAAGACCAAGAGAAACACCAUUGAUGAGGAGUAUCAACUGACCGAAAUCACGCAGGCUACGAGGGAGAUGAUGAGUAAAACAUGGAGCAAAAGAGUGUUGCUGAUAAAACAGACGAGGUCUCUCGAGAGUCAGUUCCCUCUAAUCAGGCUGAGGUUCAUCAUUUCCAACCCAGCUACACCGCUCAGAGUGGAGGCAACGUGGUUGCUCCCUCCAUCAAGGAUUCUAGCAUUGGCAACAUAACCAUCAAUAUCACCUCAACGGGCCAAGGGUCUAUGGUUCCAUCAAAAGAAGCAUUGAACCAUGACACUGCACACAGCUGCGGGUCUCUGCAGCCCCAAAACGAUAAGAUCGCAGAGAAACUGAAAGCUACUCUGAAGAGGAAGUUCGGCAACCUGCUCGAGGUGAUGACGGCGGAAGGGACCAAGAUACCUCUGAAUAACAUCUACACAGAGCUCUACAUCACUGUGGGAGGAAGUGGCGAAGUCAAUAAGGAGCACGAGGUGAGACAGAUCGAAAUGGCGUCCAGGAUACAUGUGGCCCAGGAGAAAUCAAUCCACUGCAAUCAGCUCUUUGAUCCGCUACGGGGACGAGACCCCGACACAAGAACUGUGAUCACAAGGGGAGUCGCUGGCAUCGGAAAAACCGUAUCCGUCAAUAAGUUCACUCUAGACUGGGCUGAGGGGGAGGCAAACACCAACCUGGCAUUUGUUUUUCCUCUCUCUUUCCGAGAGCUGAAUCUGAUGAGAAAGAGAAAAUACAGUCUGGUGGAGCUUCUCAGUGUCCUCUUCCCCGAAACAAAAGACACAGGAAUCUUUACUAACUGUAGCAACAAAAUGCUCUUCAUCCUCGAUGGUCUGGACGAGAGCCGCCUGUCUUUGGACUUCCACAAAAUUGAAAUAUUGUCUGAUGUGACGCAGACGACCACGAUCGCGGUGCUUCUGAUCAACCUCAUCAGGAGAACACUGCUUCCUUUUGCUCUCGUUUGGAUAACAUCUCGCCCGGUAGCUUCGUGUCAGAUACCUCUGGAGUUCGUUGAUCUAAUGACAGAGGUGCGAGGGUUCAACAACCCCCAGAAAGACGAGUACUUCAGGAGGAAAAUCAGUGACGAGACUUUAGCGAACAGGGUGAUCGCGCAUGUGAAAUCCUGCAGGAGUCUUCACAUCAUGUGUCACAUACCGGUCUUCUGCUGGAUGGCGACGAGUGUUCUUCAGAAGACAUUGCUGACGACAGACAGUAAAGACACGCCAAAGACCCUCACUCAAAUGUACAUACACUACUUGUCCUUGCACGUGGAGAGCAUGAAGAAGAGGCGGCCGGGGACGAAAGAGGAAAACGCCGACUGCCUGAGAGCUCACAUCAUGUCGCUGGGUAAACUGGCCUUCAAAGAGCUUGAGAAGGGCCACUUGAUCUUUUACGAGAGCGACCUCAUCCAGAAUGGUAUGCAAGUCACGCAGGCGUCGAUGUUCUCAGGAGUCUACACGCAGAUCUUCAACGAGGAGAUGACACUGUGCAAGGAGAAGAUGUUCUGCUUUGUGCAUCUGAGCGUCCAUGAGUUCUUCGCUGCGUUGUACGUCUACCUCACAUUCAACAACGACAACAUCAACGUCUUGGUUAAGAAGUCGUCCCCUUUGAGGUUUUUCCCGUUCAGAGAUUCAUCGGAGCUCAUCCUCUACAAAGAAGCAGUAGAAAAGGCUGUGCGGUGCGAAAAUGGACAUUUUGACAUCUUCUUGCGCUUUCUGUUGGGCCUGUCUCUGGAGUCCAAUCAGACUCUGUUGAAACAUCUAAUGACCAGCAACCGAACGAACCAAAGAACAAGAACGGAGAUCAUUAAACACAUAAAGCAGAAGAUCAAGGAAAGUCGGUCCCCAGACAGAUGCCUCAAUCUCUUUCACUGUCUCAAUGAGCUGAACGACCACUCUCUCGUGAAGGAGAUUCAGAGCUACCUCCGCAAGGGCAGUCUUAACAAAGCCAAACUUUCACCUGCCCAAUGGGCCACUCUGGUCUUUGUAUUGCUGACAUCAGAAGAAGAGCUGACUGUGUUUGAACUGAGCAACUACACCAGGUCAGAGGAAGCUCUUGCGAGGCUGCUGCCUGUCGUGAAAACAGCCCAAGUGGCAAAUCUAAAUGCAUGUAAUCUCACUAAGAACUGCUGUGAAAUCCUGGCGAAUGAAAUCAAAUCAUCCCAAAUUCGGGAGCUGGACCUGGGUAACAACAACCUGACAGAUGCUGGAAUAACACUGCUCUCUGGUGGACUGAAGAGCAGCAAACUGGAGACACUCAGAUUGAAGAGCUGCAACCUGACAAAGCACAGCGCCGUUGCCCUGGCCUCUGUUAUCAGCUCAGCCUCCUGCCAGCUGAAAGUUUUGGACGUCUCUGACAAUGACUUUCAGGACGCAGGAGUCAAAGAGCUCUCUGAUGGACUGGGGAGUCCUCACUGUAAACUGGAAAGACUCAUUGUGUCCCUGUGCAGAGUGACAGAGGAAGGCUGCACUUUCCUGGCGUCUGCUUUGAACUCAUCCUGUCUGAGAGAGCUCGACCUGAGCUACAACCACCCAGGAAACCGGGGCCUGCAGCUGCUGUCUGCUCUGAAGGAAGACCCAAAAUGCAGCCUGCAGGAACUCAGUGUGGAACAGUGUGGUGAAUCCAUGAUUCAGCCAGGUCCAAAGAAAUACACCAAAAAACUCACCCUGGACCCAAACACAGCACACAGAGACCUUUCUCUGUCCGAGGGAAACAGGAAAGCGACGCGUGGGACCGCGCAGCCGGUUCCCGAUCACCCGGAGAGGUUUGGGUUCUGGACUCAGGUGUUGUGCGAGGAGGGACUGACCGGGCGCUGCUACUGGGAGACAGAAUGGAGCGGGAGAGCUUUCAUAGGAGUAGCCUACAGAAGGAUGAGCAGGAAAGGAGAGGGUCCGGAAAGCUGGUUAGGCAAAAAUGACUCUUCCUGGGGACUAAACUGCACCAAAGACGGCUACAAGAGCUGGCACAAAGGCACGAUCAUUACUGUAACCAUCCCACCCAGCUCCAAUAAAGUAGGAGUCUAUCUGGACUGGUCAGCGGGGAAACUGUCCUUCUUCAGGAUCUCUUGCGGCGCACUGACCCCCCUCCACACCUUUCAGACCAUCUUCACUGAGCCCGUCUACCCGGGGUUUCGGCUUGGCUGGCUGGACUCCACGGUGUACUUGUGCUAGAUAUUACCUGGCAGUGGACAUGAUAAUAAUUCAGCACCACUAUCUCUCUCCAGAAAGAGUAGCGUUUACUGUGAACAAUGAAAACAAUGAAAACAUGUUUCAUAAUUUGGGAAACACUGAGGAAAAACGGUCUAUACGGUGAUCUAGACCAGUGGUUACCAACCUUUUUCCUUAAGGGACCCCUGACUAAGGAAGACGACCCUACAGACGACCCGACUGAGCAUAUUAUUUACUGUGAAUAUUGCAUAAGAGAUGAGUUUCCCUGUGAUUUUUAAGGAACUUUUAAUACAAUUCUGUACUCUCUAUUUUGUAUUCUUUUUUAUUUAAAAAAUCCUACGUACUUAAUAAGCUUUAUAAAUUCAGGGUUUUCUUCUCUAUGACGCUUGGCCAUCGUUCUAUCAGCUCUUUGGUUGUUUUAACUUUUAUGUAUUUUGUAUUUUUCUAAUGCAGGACGAGGCUGUCAAGCAGAGAGGGCAAGCUCAUGUGUAUAUAUAUUUUUAAAGUUUAUAUCUCAAAUAACAAUCCAAUCUUUAAAAAUGAUUUAAUUUAGUUUUCUUCACAGAUAUGAAUGAAAUGCUGAGAUAUGAGCCAACUGUAUAUUUUCUAAAAAGUUGUCUUGCGACUCCCCGUGAAGCUUUGACAACCCUAGGGGUCCAGUUUUGCAUGUACAGUAUGUAUUUGUAUGUAUGUGUAGCAGUGUUGAGAUGUGAAAAGAAAUUGCAAAGAUAUUGUACAUUUCGUGGAUGUAUAAUUCAGGAGUAGUUUACAAUAAAAGUAUUUCUAUUUUCUAAAAGAAUGAAUGUGCGAAAGUGAUGUGGAAGUGAGGUAAUUCUAGGUGAACAAUGGUCAAGAGUCAGGGAGGAGAAAACCCUGAAUUUGUCAGGGUUUGAAAUAAUCCCAUUAAUGUGAAUGAUUGUUAAAAAUUAAAAAAAACAAUAAUAA